AUUGGUAAAAAUUUCCCAAUCCCUUUUACUUCUUCUUCUUAUUAUUAUUAUUAUAAACGACACGCCCCUCCCUCGAGGAGAGGUGCGGUGACCAGCCCGGCCUCCCCAACUCUCACGGGGUAGGGGUGGCGCGCCCUAGGUUCGGCCCCAAACAUUCAGCCCGCUAGGAUGGCACACUACAUCGAUUCCAUGCCUCAUCAACAAAUUCUUGCUACCGGGGUACUCUAGUUUUUCACGUCCUCCUUCUGGUGUUCAAGGGUUACGGUAGAGCAUACUCUUCUGCAACCUCAGCUCAUAAAUGCACCGGGGAUGGCAAUGCAAUGGUUGCACGUGCUGGCCUGCCUCUUCAGGAUCUGGAGUUUGUCCAGUUUCAUCCAACAGGAAUAUAUGGUGCUGGGUGCCUCAUUACUGAAGGUUCUCGGGGUGAAGGUGGUAUUCUCAGGAACAGUGAGGGUGAGAGGUUCAUGGAACGUUAUGCCCCUACAGCCAGGGAUCCUGCCUCGAGAUGUUGUCUCAAGGUCCAUGACAAUGGAGAUACGGGAAGGUCGUGGUGUAGGACCUCUGAAGGACCACAUAUAUCUUCAUUUGAAUCACUUGCCUCCAUAUGAACUUAAGAAGCAACUUCCUGGUAUCUCAGAAACUGCUGCUAUUUUUGCCGGUGUGGAUGUGACAAAAGAGCCUAUCCCUGUCUUACCUACUGUGCACUAUAAUAUGGGUGGAAUUCCAACGACUUACCAUGGCGAGGUUGUUACCAUCAAAGGUAAUGAUCCAGAUGCAGUAGUUCCUAGACUGAUGGCUGCUGGAGAGGCAUCAUGUGCAUCUGUUCAUGGUGCUAACCGUCUCGGUGAGAAACAAAAGCCACUGGAGAAAGAUGCUGGCGAGAAAACCAUUGCCUUGGCUGGACAAGAUUAGGAAUUCCAAUGGCUCACUUCCAACUUCAAAGAUCCGGCUAAAUAUGCAACGAGUGAUGCAAAACAAUGCUGCAGUCUUUCGUACACAAGAGACUUUAGAGGAAGGUAAAUUUACCUUUCAAACUAUUCAAUGCCCCUCUAGCUUCCAAAUCCCCCUCAAUGAAAGCACUUAAGUAGCUGGGCUGUGUUUACCAUGUGAACAAAAAUCAACCAUCAUCCCAUCUGCUGACUGAGCAUAUAUCUAGUACACACGAGCUUUCGGAGGGAAUGAUUCGACUUCAUCGUCCAA